AUGCUGAGCCAAAAUGCUGUGCUGGCCUUCUAUGCACAGAACACAGACCUUGCGCGGGUGUCUGCGGCAGCAGCUGUGUCACGGUUGCCGGGGUCGAGCGAGUACACGGUGUCACCGCGCACGACCCGGGAGUGGCGGUGCACACGGACGAAGCCGUCAGCUGGAUGGCAGAGCAUUGACUACGAUGUGUCGAGCUGGGACCAGAUGGCGGUUGUGAAUCCUGGGAGCAUUGACCACAGUGUUGUGGAUGAGCUUCCGACGACGGCGGUAUGGCUAUGGGGAGACGAGGUUACAGCUGGGCAGGCACUGGAUGAGGUCUGGUGCCGCGCUGACGUGACCCCGACGUGCGAGCAAGAUUGCAGCCAAAGCACGACGUACCUGAUUAGCAUUGAGUCGCAAGGUGUGGUGUAUGUUGACGGGACGGCGAUUGGCUUCAUCUCUGACAGCAGCCCCGUGCUGCAGACGGAGCAGUCCGUGUGCGCUCAGAUUAGUGUCUCCAUCGAGAACGAUAAUGGCACGGCGGGUUUGCUUGUGGCGACGGCCGACCGCGUGUAUCGUCGCGCAGAGGGUAUCCAUUUCAAGCACACCAGCAUGUACAACUGGCGAUGCACCCGAAUGGACGUUGAUCACGGAUGGCAGGAUCCAAACUAUGACGACAGCUCUUGGCCAAUGCCGGUUGUGCUCGGAUCACGAGACAAUGGACCACGCAACGUUACAGGUCUAGGUUUCCCAGAAACGGCGGAGUGGAUCUACCCUGCAGAGCCACACGUGCCCGGAACAAUCGACUUUUUUCGUUGCCGUUCCACUCCCCCAAUCGCUGCCGUCGUCACGCCAUUCACGACCACAACAACGACCACCACCACUACAACAACGACCACUUCGACGACGAGUGCGGGGCCAGACUUUCCAUGCCAACAAGUUGAGACGGUGUUUGCGAGUGUUGGGGAGACAUACUGGUAUGCGGACGGCGAGUUCGUGACGGGCACCAUCAGCGGACAGAGGCAGACGGCAAUGCUGAGCCAAAAUGCUGUGCUGGCCUUCUAUGCACAGAACACAGACCUUGCGCGGGUGUCUGCGGCAGCAGCUGUGUCACGGUUGCCGGGGUCGAGCGAGUACACGGUGUCACCGCGCACGACCCGGGAGUGGCGGUGCACACGGACGAAGCCGUCAGCUGGAUGGCAGAGCAUUGACUACGAUGUGUCGAGCUGGGACCAGAUGGCGGUUGUGAAUCCUGGGAGCAUUGACCACAGUGUUGUGGAUGAGCUUCCGACGACGGCGGUAUGGCUAUGGGGAGACGAGGUUACAGCUGGGCAGGCACUGGAUGAGGUCUGGUGCCGCGCUGACGAGCAACCGCAGUGCGCCCCUGACUGCAGCCAAAGCACGACGUACCUGAUUAGCAUUGAGUCGCAGGGCGUGGUGUAUGUUGACGGGACGGCGAUUGGCUUCAUCUCUGACAGCAGCCCCGUGCUGCAGACGGAGCAGUCCGUGUGCGCUCAGAUUAGUGCUUCGAUGGAAACUUCGACUGGGGAGGCCGCAAUCAUCGUGGCAACUGAGGACCGCGUGUAUCGUCGCAGUGCGCAAGCAAGACAUCCACACACCAGCCCCACGAACUGGAAAUGCUAUCGUGGACCUACUGUCCAAGGAUGGGAGCAACCAGAACAUGACGACAGCCACUGGCCUUCGGCCAUAAGUGGCGGCGGGGUGGACGACGGCUCUCGCACCUUGUCGCAGCUUGGUUUUCCCGCUUCUGUGCAGUUUGUAAAGUCACCGGAGCCGUAUGUAGCGGGCACCCCAGACUUUGUUCGCUGCCGAUCCAUCCCUCCUGUAGGUGCAAUCAAGCCGACGCCGUUCUUCACAACGACGACGACGACUACCACCACCACGACAACAACGACGACAAUAACGACGACAAUGUCUACCUCUAUCUCGCUUUCAUCUUCGUCAACUUCAUCUUCUGCUGCAUCGACAACGACCACGACAACGACCACGACAACGACCACAACGUCAACUGCAUCGACAACUACCAUCACCACAACCUCCUCUACGACAAUGUCUUCGGGAAGCGGUGAGGGCUCAACCGCAAUUGUCAUCAGCAGCGUCAGCACCACAACAACCACAACAACCACAACCACAACAUCCACUACAACUACAACCACUACAACAUCCACCACGACCGCAACUGCGACAACAACCACAACAUCCACCACAACCACCACAACAUCCACCACGACCACCACAACAUCUACCACGACCACAACCACAACAUCCACCGUAACCACGACCACGGCAGCCGCGACGUCGUCAUCGUCUCUACCAACAACAGCCCAGGCAAUCGGCACACAGAAUGCCCAAGCACUCAGCAACCUCUUCAUUGUCAUUGCUGUGAUGAUUGUGUUGCUGGUGGUGUCCAUGCUGGGUGUGGGCUGUCCACUCGUUACUGGCCGGCAGGUGUCGAGCUACGACGAGCACGGCAGCACAGCAGGCAGUGCUCGACUCUUAGCUGUUUCGUCCCAUGAUCCGCCACACCUGGGCGGUACCGGGUACACGCCCAUGGGCAUGACCAUGUCGCGCACCACCGCGGGUACCGUUGCCGUGUCGUCAUCCGAGACGGGCUCUGAAGGGGUACAGGCCGGCAUCAUCGUGACCAACAACCUGUAUGGGAGGAGAGUGGGGGCACCGCUGCCACAAGCGUCGACGGUGACGGAGAGCUCCGACUCGAGUUCGAGCCACAGCCGGCGCGCGAUGGUGAACAACGUCAGCUAUGGCGCGGAGUACUUUUUCGAGGGCGCAGGCGCAGCGCAAGAGGACAGCACAUACAGGCAGCCGCCGCUGUUCUCUGGCUCGACGGAGAUGCCCAUGCGCUUCACCAUUGACAACUCGCACGGGUACGGGGCGCACUGGCAGCACACGCACGGGCGGCAAACUGAGAGGCUGUACGAGACAGUUGAAGAUGUGCUUGCAGGCAUGGACCACGUGCAUGGGUCCAGAACAGAUGUUCUCUGAUGGAUGGCGUCACAUUCCAGGGAUAGGAAACGAGAGAGAGCAUUUCAGAAAGGCAGGCCUGUGCAUGUGUUGUGUUUGUUAUCUGAGUGACUCCAGGAAGGGGAAGAAGAGACGAAGCUUGUGCG